CACUCUCUCAACAUACAGUUAGGUACCUACGAAGCCACCUUGCGCAAUCACGGAUGACGUAGUGAAGAUGUCUAUCCCGGGCCUGGGGGAGAUAGCUCCGCAGCAAACCGUCUCCACGACUCGCACAAUAACGCUUCUCCCCUUCUGGGAAUGGCGCUUCCACGUCCCCCAUACCGUUUCCCAACCCUCGAGCACUGCCGGGGGCAGCGCCGGCGCCACAGUCUGCCUCGUGUCCGGAACCGUCGAGCGUGACGGCACCGAGCUCGCGCAGAACCGCAAGUACACCUUUCCGCGCAACACCAAGUCCAAACUCCUCACGUACACGGGCUGCACGUUGGAAGUCAGCGGCGAAUUCGUCGACCGUGUCGCGCAGUACCCUUCGCCGGAAAGCUCGCCCCAGCUGUCGGUGCUGAAUCUGCAUCUUGCGCUGCAGGCGCAGCGAAAGGCGGCCGCUGCCAAGGCCGAUGGUGGACUUAGCAAAGCGGUGCCAGGGCCGCGGCUGAUGGUUUGUGGGCCGGCGAGCAGCGGCAAGACCACGUUGGUAAGGACGCUGGCUGCGCUGGCGACGAGGAUGGGCGGGCAGCCGCUGGUGGCCAGCGUUGAUCCGAGGGAGGGGUUGCUCUCGCUGCCGGGGACAAUCAGUGCGGCUGUUUUUGGCACCGUGAUGGAUGUGGAGGACCCGGCAGGGGGCUUUGGCGUGAGUAGCACCCCCGCCAGUGGGCCGAGCGCCGUUCCAGUCAAGCUGCCGAUGGUUUAUUAUUUUGGGAGGGAGAAGGUGGAGGACGACGCACAACUAUGGAGGGCCUUGACGAGCAAGCUCGCUAGCUCGGUAAGGGCUAGACUUGCGGCGGAUGAGAGCGCAAGGGAUUCUGGGUUGAUAUUGGAUACGCCGGCCGUCAGCGUGGCGAAGGGGGAUUUGGACAUGCUGAUGCAUGCCGUGAGCGAGUUUGCAGUGAACAUCGUGGUUAUCCUGGGCUCGGAUGAAAUACACGCGCAGUUGCAGCGGCGGUUAGAAAACGAAAAAACAACGCAUGGCGAAGUCAUUAGUGUGAUCCAACUGAAUAGAAGCGACGGUGUUGCGGAACGGGACAACGAUUUCAUGAAGGCUACUCGCGAAGCGGCCAUCAAGGAAUACUUCUUUGGCGACUCCAAGAGAACAUUGAGCCCAUUCACACAAUCAGUCACCUUCGACGAAGUGGCCAUCUUCAAGACUCCGGACGACUCAGAUUUCUACGACACACAACAAGCUCUCGCGCCCGCUGAGAUCUCGGCCGAGAUGUCGCACUGGACUCUCGCCGUGAUGAACGCCUCUCUGAACGACCCGCCCGAAACCAUCCAACAGGCACCUGUCAUGGGGUUUGUAGCUGUUGCGGAUGUAGAUGAGGAUAGGCGGCGGCUCAAGAUACUCUCCCCCGUUGGAGGCAGGUUGGGGAAUAGGCCUAUGGUUUGGGGACGCUGGCCUGAGCCAUACAUCAACCUACUUGGAUAGCUGGCUGGUAGGCGUCGUGGCUGCAGUUUCAGAACUCCUCAUCCGUAUCGUGGCGGUUCGGCGCAAAGGCACAAUCGGCUUGGAGUCUGGCGUAGAAAAGGCUUACAGCAUUUUCGUUCAUAAUGCCAUACUAGUAUCGACUGAGGAAAUCGCUUGAUGGUUUUGCGAAGCGGACCAUCGUGUCCUGCAGUGUUCCAGGCGUUGUUGCAUAUGGCGCUUUGACCACAGUGUCGGGACCUGUAAUAAGGCUG